CGGAGGCAGCAGCAGAAAUGAUGGAAGCUUGAUCCCGUAAGCAGUGAACUUGUUCAUUUUAAACGUGGCAUGAACGGCAAAACGGAGAGAGUGCAACUUUAAGGAAAAUAAACAAGAGAUAUGGUGGACAAAAUACACGCGGUUGACUUUUCCAAGAAACAUUUUGGGACGACAGCCAAUGGUUUCUGUGGUGAUCUAUUGGAUGCAGAGGAGCAAGAUGACCAGGCUGAGCAGCGCUCUUGUCUUAUUUGCGGAGACCGCGCCACAGGACUGCACUAUGGCAUUAUUUCCUGCGAGGGCUGCAAGGGCUUCUUCAAGCGCAGCAUCUGCAACAAGCGCGUCUACCGCUGCAGCCGCGACAAGAACUGCGAGAUGUCACGCAAACAGCGCAACCGCUGCCAGUACUGCAGGCUGCUCAAGUGCCUGCAGAUGGGAAUGAACCGCAAAGCAAUCAGAGAAGAUGGCAUGCCGGGAGGCAGGAACAAAAGCAUCGGUCCUGUACAGAUUUCCGAUGAGGAGAUUGAACGGAUUAUGUCCGGACAGGAGUUUAAGGAUGAUGCCAACAUGCCGGAACACACUUGGGGAAACAACGGCGACAGUGACCACAGUUCCCCUGGCAACGGCGUCUCCGAUGGGAAUCAGCCAUCUCCUGUAUCCACACUUUCAUCCAAUCGCUCAGUGGAGCUGAAUGGCUACACCGCUGCUUUGAGGGAACAGUACAUUGGCAAUGCAAUGGCCCAGCACUACCAGUUCCUGCCUCACCUGUUUGGAUACGCCGCCCAGCCGCGGAGUCUGUACCCCCAGAGUCAUACCCUCAUCAGCCAGCUGGUGGCAGCAGAGGAACUGGCCCCACUGGGCACACCCAUGCUCAUUGAGGACGGGUAUCGGGUCACUCAGGUGGAGCUGUUUGCGCUAUUGUGUCGGCUGGCGGAUGAACUUCUCUUCAGACAGAUCUCCUGGAUCAAGAAGCUUCCUUUCUUCUGCGAGCUGUCCAUCGAGGACUACACGCGGCUCCUGAGCGCCACCUGGCAGGAGCUCAUCCUGCUGGCCUGUCUGACGGUCUACAGCGCCCAGGUGCUGGGCGACCUCGCCAACGUCACCGACAAAUACACCCCGUCAGACGACGAGCUGCAGAGUUUCAGUGAGGAUGGGAUGGAGGUGAUGGAGAAGCUGAUCUAUCUGUUCCGUAAGUUCCAUCAGCUGAAGGUCAGCAAUGAGGAAUAUGCCUGCAUGAAGGCCAUCAACUUCCUCAACCAAGAUAUCCGCAGUCUGACCAAUGUGACCCAGCUGGAGCAGUUGAACAAACGUUAUUGGUACGUUUGUCAGGAUUACACCGAGUACAAGUACCCUCACCAGCCCAAACGCUUUCCCGAGAUCAUGAUGUGUCUGCCAGAAAUCCGCUGCAUUGCAGGGAAGUUGGUCAACAUCCCUUUGGAGCAGCUCCCCCUGCUGUUUAAGGCAGUAUUGCACUCCUGUAAGUCAAGUCUGAACAACUACACGACAGGCUCCUCCCCCUGUGUGACAAAGGGUACCGCCCCUGCCAACUAGCCCCGCCUCCCUUGAAAACACCCUCCCCAUCUAUUGCACGGGGGCAGGGUGUUAUUUGGGGG